AUGUCAGAACCACCAUCUUCAUCAUUUCCAACCAGUGUCGACCCUGAUGAACUGACGAACAAGAGCAGCAACGCCACGAUUCUCGAAAUUGGAAAGAGGAUUGAAAAAGAAAAGCACCAACAAGAUUCUUAUCAUCCCGAGUUGAACCAUUUCACGACCGACCUUAUGAAUAGCAGCUGCUGUAUGGUAGUUGUUCAUCAUAAUUCAAUCGACGAACAAGCAGCAGCAGUAAUUGAACUCCUCCAUGAAGUUGCACAACAAGAAGAACCACAAUUUAAAACUAUGGCGAUGAUACUCCUUGAUGAUGAGAUGAAUGGACAAGCAGCAGCAUCACACACAACAACAACUACAACAACAGACUGGAAUGAGAGCAUUGUUCAACUCCUUUCUUCCUAUCCACGAGAUGGUUCUCUCGGAUAUGGAUGGGUCAAGCCAACAUCCAAGAGUCCUCAUCAUCAGAGCCUCUCCUCGUCUGUACCUUCCUUUCCGACCUCUCCAUUACUAUCCUCCUUGACUUCUUCUUCCUCCAUGAGCAGUUGCAAUUCCACUCCUACUUCCUCCUCUAAUACCAGCUCAAUACUAUCUUCGUUCAUCAUCACGAACAGUUCGUCCACAAGUCUUUCAUCCUCUCCCCAUGAUAAUGUUGAGCAACAGUCCCAUCAUCAUCAACAACAACAACAACAACGUCUAUGGAAUGCUCUACAGACCUACCUCCCUCAAAUCUCACUCCGUAAGCCUCAUACGUCGCGACUCAUAGCCACCAUUUCAGAAUUGGCUCGACUCGAAGAAGCAGAAUCAUUGAGGAUGAAUUUGCCCAUCACGAGUAGUGUAUUUGACAAUGGUGUCAAAAAACCUGAAUGCAUCGUGAAACCCCUAUUCACCUCAGUCGACGAUUGGAAAGCCAUUGAGAGAGAAUUUUCUGACAUUUUGAACUUGGCUCUUCCAUCCCACGAUAAUUCUUGUAGUGAUGACUGCAACCACGAUCGAACGGAUCUACCAAUAGAAGCCCAAUUGAAGACUGAAUUGAAUCGUCUCUUGAUGGAUUUUGAAGAGUUUCUUUGUUUGUUGCCACCUAUUGUACAAUGUUUGUGUGACCGUUCUCAGUUGCAUUGUUGCAUUUGUGGAUGCACGAAUUAUGGAUUUGCAAGAGAUUUAAUUUUACGACACCAACAAGUGGACAGAGAGUUAUGUCACUCGAACGAGAUACUGCUGUUGCCAAGUUUCAGCUCCACUCUGAAAGGCAAAAAACUCAUUGCAGAGAAAAAGAAGGAAAUGAAAAUGGACUUGUUAAAAAAGCAACAACAAAGGCCUGAAAAUCUUCAUUCCAUGAUCAUGCCUCAAUUCUUUUUGCAUCCGUCCUCCCUAUUAAGCAGUAUUGCUCAAACAGGUAGUUUUGGUGCUUUGAGUGUUACUGAUUCGAGCAUAAUGAAAGCUGCAACAGAGAGCGGACUUCAGUCUUCGUCAAUGAAUCCAGUUCUUAGCAUACCUUCGACGUUUUGUUGUGGCGUUACCUUUGAAAUAUUCUUUCGAGUAUUCACAGAGAAGAGACAUCCCAGGCUGCAGGACUUUUUCAACAUUCAAGAAUUGCUAAAAAUCAAGAGGGAUUGGUUUUGUGAAAAACAAGACAAUGCAGCAAAAGACGAUGACUCCUAUAAAGAAGGUUGCUAUAAGGCAUUAAUGUCACGAGGUCUCGGCAAACAUGUGAAUAACAUUUUCGAAGCAAAGCAAGGCGACUUUGUACAAUUUUGGAGAGUGAAUGGUACAGGUCAUAGCGUGAUCUUUAUGGGCCUCAAGGAAGAUGAAAUAACAUUUGAAUAUUGGUCCUCUCAACGCUCCACAAAUGGAGUAGGGUUUAACACUGAAUCGUUGUCAGGUGUCGAACGAUUUCACAUUGUGAGAUUGGUGUAG